AAUAAGCCCCCGGAGUUCAAUUCUGGUAAAAAGGUUUUCUAUAAGAAGGUUCAAUACACUGUAGCCUCUUUUGAUCCGGUCACAGAUAAAUACACUAUAUUUUUGGUUGAGAAAGUUAAGCAAGAUGAUGUUGAGAAAAUUAUACAGCUAGAUCCUUUAGAAGAAGAAAACAAGAAGAAAUCAAAAGAGCAGGUGCAAAAUGCAAGUGAUUCGGGAUCUCGUAAUUCCGGAAAGCAGUUUGGGCGGAAUACUAAUUUGCGGCAAUCCUUCAAAUGA